AUGGCGGGACGAAAGAGCUGGCAAGUGGCGGACCGGCUGGAGAAGCGCAACCUGCUCAUCGCCGUCAACUGCGUGGCGGCGCUGUCCAUCUUCUUCUUCGGCUACGACCAGGGCAUGAUGGGCGGGGUCAACAACGCGAAGCACUACAUCGACCUGAUGAAAUUCGGCUACGUCGACGAGGCCACGGGCGACCCGGUCGUCACCGACAGCCUGCUGCAGGGCGGCAUCGUGUCCGUGUACUACCUGGGCACGCUUUUCGGAGCGCUGAUGGGCGGGUGGGUCGGCGACAAGGUCGGCCGCAUCAAGACGAUUGCGCUGGGGUCGCUGUGGGCGAUUGUCGGCGCGGCGCUGCAGUGCUCGGCCCAGAAUGCGGACUGGAUGAUCUGCGCGCGAGCGGUCAACGGUAUCGGCACUGGAGUCUUGAAUUCAAUCGUUCCCGUUUGGGCUACAGAGACGGCCGAGCACACUUCCCGCGGGCAGUUCAUCGCCAUUGAGUUUACGCUGAAUAUCUUUGGUGUUGUGGUGGCGUACUGGCUGGAAUUCGGUCUCUCCUACAUUGACGGCGGUGCAUCUGCUUUCCGCUGGAGAUUCCCCAUCGCGUUCCAAAUCAUCCCCCUCCUGAUCCUGCUCGGCAUCGUCUGGUUCUUCCCCGAGUCUCCGCGCUGGCUCGUCCGUGUCGGCCGCGAGCAGGAGGCACGCUACAUCCUGGGGCGGCUGCGCGGCAGCAGCGGCGAGGACGCGCAGAAGGCGGACAUGGAGUUCGAAGACAUCAAGGCGAUCGCGGAGCUGGAGAAGCAGACGUCCAAGCAGCACUCGUACUUCCACAUGCUCUUCGGCAUCGGGUCGGGCAAGCUGCACACGGGGCGGCGGGUGCAGCUGGUCAUCUGGCUGCAGAUCAUGCAGGAGUGGGUGGGCAUCGCCGGCGUCACCAUCUACGCCCCCACCAUCUUCCGCAUCGCCGGCUUCGACGCCACAAAAAGCCAGUGGAUCAGCGGCCUCAACAACAUCUUCUACAUGUUCUCCACUCUCGUCUGCGUCUUCACCCUCGACCGCAUCGGCCGCCGCUGGACCCUGUACUGGGGCUCCGUCGGCCAGGGCAUCGCCAUGUUCCUGGCCGGCGGCAUGGCGCGCGCCGGCCUUAACGCCCGCGCCGCCGGGAACAUCUCUGUGGCUGAAUCGUAUGGUGCUGCAUCAGCGGCUUUCGUCUUCAUCUUCACCUCCGUCUUCGGUGCGACGUGGUUGACUGUUCCAUGGCUGUUCCCGGCCGAAAUAUUUCCUCUCGAAGUGCGGGCAAAGGGCAACGCGUGGGGCGUGGUGGGAUGGAGCAUCGGCAACGGGUGGCUGACGCUGCUGUGCCCGGUCAUGUUCGACGCCAUCGGCGAGAAGACGCUGUACAUCUUCGGCGCCUGCAACGUCAUCACCAUCCCCAUGGUCUGGGCGCUGUACCCGGAGAGCAACCAGCGCACCCUCGAGGAGAUGGACCUGCUCUUCACCGCCGACACGCCGUGGGUCUGGGACGCCGAGAAGAAGUUCGCCGAGCUGAAGGCGCAGAUGGUGGCGGCCGCCGCGGAGGACGACAACGAGGUGAAUUCGAAGGAUCCGGAGGCAGGGGUUGCCACGCGCGCGCACGUUGCGAAUAUUGCGGCUCUGUGA